UCAUAACCCGCGUCGUUGCUGCACGCCGCAGAGCCCCCGCACACUCGCCGGCGCGCACUGCACACCCACCCACGACCCCUUGAAGCUUAACCCUCGUCCUGUCCCGGUUCCUCGGCGGCGCGGCAUCACUACUACUACUACACCGGCAGGCAGCGGCCACAACAUCGCGGCCCGGCGUGUCGAGACGCACGAACGCAGGAACGCACGCACACCCGCCCGCACACACGAAGGCACGCGCGCGCUGCUGCUGCUGCAGCACAGACGCAGGGCUGCGGAUCAGCGAGACGCAAGACCAGACUCGCUCGACUGGACCGACGACCAACUAGGGCCGAUACGACGCCACCACCACUGCGUGUGUCUGUGUCAUUGUCGACGACCUCGUGCGCCAUCUCGCAGCUCGCCGGCCGGCAAUUGCUGCCAAACGAGCUCUCCCCACUCCGCAUUCCUUGCGAUCGAGAAACACGCCGCGCAGAGACCGAACCGAACGCCUUUCGACACCCACUCGCCGUGAUUUACUGUUGCAGAUUUCCGGCGACUCCUUCCCACCACUGCACAUUGCAGACACCAAACAGCUGCCUCGGCACCUCGGACGGCACCCAAGGGUAGCCAGGGUAGGGUAGCAGCACCAUGCGCCCAUCACCGGUCGCAUCGUCCUCGCGGCUGCCAAUACCGCCGCCCACGCUGGCGCCGGCGCCCCCCUCGACGGCGCGGCGGCGGGUGAGGCGAAGAACGGCAGCAGCCCUCGUCCUUGCGCUCGCGGCGCCGCAACUCGCGUUCGCGUCGCCGGUGCUCCACCGCCCGGACGGCGGACCAAGCCACGACCCAAGUACGCGUACCGACCCACGCAACGAUAGCUUGUUCGCCUCGACUGUCCUGUUUAGUCUUCAGCUCCUCCAGGAUGUGGCGCGGUACGCUGGCAAUCUGUGGCAUGGAGCCGGAGCUACACCGCACACAAAGAAGCGCUGGGCACAGGUCGACCUUGCGCGCUACAGCACUUCAGGCCGGAUCGCCCUCCCUGGGGGCCAUUUCGAGCUCCAACAAAGGAUGAACGCCGGCUUUGUCGUCCUGUCCUAUCUCAUUUCCCUCGUCGGAUCGCUAUGCACAUUGGAGCUGCUGAUCAGGCGAACGUCGAACCGCGGCGUAUCCAACAUUGUCCUCCUGGCAGCGGCGGGCAUCUGCUUUGGCGCAGUUUCGACCUUUGCCAUGCACUUUGUCGGCAACCAGUCGCUGUCGCUUCACCACCCGACGACGGCCGACUUUCCCAUCCUCUACCUCUCCUACUCGGGCGGUUACACGGUGUUGUCGCUCGUCGCGUCGUGCAGCGCCAUGACGUUGGCCUUCUUUAUCAUGGGCACCAACAUUCGUUUCCGCGACUGGCGCACCUGGCCAUGGGUGCCGGGAAGCAGCGAGAGGCGGCGGCAAGAGGGCCUCGUUCCGCGCGACGACUAUGCGCGAUGGAAGAUGCAAAAGUCCAAGAUUCGCAAGUCGGCAAACGUCUCCACAAUCUUCGCCCAGGCAGGCAUGGUCGCAUCCUGGUCGUUGAUGGAGUCUCCGCGCGCCCAACGCGCACCUCGCAGCUGGCGGGACUUGUUCAACCCGCGCAGCAUGUCCACUCCAGAGUCACCAGACAGAGCCGCAAGCAUCACGUCCUUGGGCGACGACGAGGACGACAUGGUCAAACGCGACAAGGAGCUCGGCGAGCUCGACUUUAGGCUUGGCCGCGGCGCCGUGCGCGAGGAGAUGGAGCGGCGCCAGAUGCGCACAGACUCGCCCCAGUCCGAAGAGACACCGACAGCGUCGACCAACAACUCGAUCAGCAUGCCCCCAACGCUUGCGCUAUCGCCAUUGGCAGCAUACUACCCGACAACGGCAACGCGACCGGAACCUGAACCUCAGCCUCCCCAGGAGGACGAAAAGGCAGGCGAUGUGUUUGCACCCGGGUACUCGUUCCCUCCCAGAUUCGGUGUCGUUGACAACGACUCGAAGACUCACCUCCUCCCGCGGCCAGACCCUGUGGCAGAGCGAUCAUGGCACACCGCAGUUAAUGCACAGCCAGUCGCGCCCAUAUACCUUCCGUCGUCGACACCGGCGGUGACAGCGAGGCGAGCGUCGUUGCCGGCCAUCUCGCCCCUGCCACCGCCCCGCCCGGCGGUCACGCUGUCGCGUAUUCAGAGUCUCCCAGAAGCGGACCACGAGCAGCCGGUUCCACAUGUGCCAACAAUCCAGCAAGCCAAGAGUGCUGCGUCGCACCACUCGUCGAGCCACUCAUCAGAAGGCGGCAAGGACGACCCCAACAACCACAGCUCGAGCUCGGACGAAACAAUGUCAACCAACCAGUUUACGCGGCUGGAAAACAUCCCAUAUGACGAAGAGGCCGACGAGAUCAAGCCCCUCAGCUGGCGCGAGACUCUCCGCAGCAAGGUGCAACAGAACAUUCCUCUUACCCGGCUGGAGAAGGUGGAACGCUUCCUCGGCCUCGACGUGGUGACCUGGGGCGAUGUCAUCAAGAUGGCUGUCACCGGCAUGAUUGCUGGAUGGGGUGUGGCUGGAAUGCACUAUAUCGGCCAAGUCUCCAUCAACGACAUCCCGUACAUUGCCUACCGCGUGGGCUAUGUCGUUGGGUCCGUCAUCAUUGCCUCUGGAGCCGUCAUCAUCGCCCUGUACAUCAUGUUCAUCAUGCUCCGACCAAAGCUCAAGCACUCGUGGUUGUCCAAGAUUGGCGUGGCUGUCAUUCUCGCCGGCGCCGUCUGUGGCAUGCACUACACUGCCAUGAAGGGGACCAUUUACGGCUGGCCCAACGACCGCAACCCGAACAACUCGAGCGCCAUGAGCGGCACCAAGCGAGCCAUCACCGGUUUAGUUUCCGCCCUCGCCUUUGCCGCGUGCAUCGGCGUCGCCAGCUUUGUCGGCAUCAACUCGAUCCGUGAUCGCAAGGAGCGUGCCCGCCGCCGUCGCGUGGUCGUCGCGUCAGUCCUCAUCGACGACCAGGACCGCAUCCUGGUCAGCGCCAUCGACGGCCUCUUGCCCAUGUGCGACAUUGCGUCGCUCACCCCGGCCGAUGCCAUCGGAAAGAAGAAGGGCAAGCGGUACAGCCGUGGAGCUCCGAGCAUGACAAGUUCGUCGGGGGAAUCGUCUGCGCUUGGCGUCGACCUCACCACUGGGAACGACGCAUUUGUGCAGGCGAUGAAGAUGUCGUGGUCUUGGAGGAACCCAUUCUGGUCCUCUUUGAACCCAUUCGCAUCGCGCUCCGAUCUCGAUGGUGGUAGCGGCGGUGGUCCGUUUGCCCAGCUCGUCCCGCCUGACAGCCUCAAAGACGUUGCUCUCAAGGAGGCUCAUACCCCCACUGUUCCACACCGCAGCUCAGUGGUUACUACUACCGGCGCCGAGUCGACCGUCUCGAGCGUGGUCCCCCGCCUCAGCAUUGCGCGGUUCCUCGAAAAGUUUGCCGUGUCCGCCACACAGCUAUCCGUGCGCCUCACCGGACAACAGGAGGGUAUCAGCCGACUCGGUGUGCUCUACGACCAGAUCCUCACCACCGGCUGGGUUCGCCUCGGUAAUGGUGAGGCCACCGUGUCCAAGGGCCAGCUCAUCUUCCUUGUGCGACGCGUCACAUCGUCGCAGGAGCGAUCCGACCUCUUAUCUCGCCACUUCAUCUUUGCCGAGCCCAACGCCGUCGCCACGUCGCUACACAAGACUCUGUCUGCCCCGUACGACCACGUCAUGCCCAUGCUCGAGGACAUGCGCACAUUCUGCGAAGGCACCAUGCGCAUGAGCUUGCGGGCCAACACGCUGUACGCUGGCGUUGCCAUUGUCCAAGCCACACCCUUUGACGGCCUGCGCAUCAUGCUCGACCAGAGCAACCGAUCGCAGCUGCCAAUGCGCGAGGUGUGUACCUUCUCAACCCUCCCUGGGCUUCCUGUCAAUGUCGCAGAAGGCUUGGCAGGGACGCUCGAGGAGAUUGGUGAUGCGGUCACUUGGCUCGAGGGCAUGAGCUUGCUUUCGGUCGUGACUCGCAACAUGUCGCCCGAAGGUACCAGAGUCGGAGGUCCGCGUGUGGGCCGCCUGUUAGCUGCACUGGAACGUGCGGUAGUGCCAAUGCUCGAUCAGCUCCUGUCCCAGGACGACAUGGCCUACAUUCUGCCCCGCCUGACUCUUCACCCGGUUCUCGUACCCCUGACGCCUGCUGCGCCGCCACGCAUCGGCACUCCUGGCUGGGCAGCGCCACACGUCAUUGUGUUUUACGCCAACUACGACGUGGCAGUCAACACGUUUGCCGACAAGUGGCUGCCGUUCUCGCUGUACCGUGCCCAGCACGAGUGCGUCAUGGCCCCGAAGAUUGACGGUAUCAACCGAGCCAUUGAGGCCGCCGCGCUCCGCUCACCACCGACGGAGACGCUUGGGCUCUCGCCAGGGCUGUCGGUUCCGUCACCGGACCCGUCCAAGUACCACUAUGCUCGCCGCCCCAGCAAAGUACAGUUUGAGGUGCCCUCAGAGUCGGGCUUGGCGACGUAUACCUUCCCUCCGAAAGAGGGCGGUGGUGGUGGUGCUGCGACGCUAUCACUCCCUCCCUUGUCUCCGACUGCGGUGUUUACAGGCAGCAGUGCGGCGGCACCAUUCCCAUUCUCGAGCCGCGACCGGGCGCCACCUCGGCGGUCGUCGCUCGCCAAGACGCUCAUGCGCGACGACGGCGAACCGGGGCGGUCUUCGCGUGACAUGCGGACGCCGGGCAUCGCCUCGUGGGACCCGAACUGGCUCGUCCAUCUCCUCCGAACUCGUCUGCGAGCGGAUGCCUAGGCGCGGCGCGUUUAGGCGCGUUUCCCUUGGGCUGAACCGUUUGCAGCUUUCCACAUUCCACUCCAUUCCCAUCGCAUUUUCCCGCAUCUGUCCCGGCUGGGCUCCCAUUGGAUCAGGAUCCACUGUUGUUAUACUAGUACCAUUUGUGUCGUAGAAAGUCUCCGUUAUGCAGGGAUGUAGAGG